AUGCUGCAGCAGCAGGCGGCCGCAGCGGCGGCGGCGGCAGCAGCUCUGAAGGAGAAAGAGGAGCAGCUCGCAGCGCUCAAGGCGGCGAUCGCGGCCAAGGAAGCGGAGCAGGCCGCAGCGCGCAAGCGCGCGGCCGCGGCGGCAGCGGCCGCGGCGGCGGCGGCCGAGGAGCGCCGGCGCCAGGAGGCGAUCCAGGCGGAGAGCCGCCUGCGGCAGCAGCGGCUCAACAGCGCGUUCGGCGCCGCCUUUGCAAGCGCGGCUGCCAAGCCGAAGCCGCCGCCGUCGCCGCCGCCGCCGGCGGCACCGCAGCAGCGGGGCUCCGGCGGCGGCGCGGGCGCCAAGGCGGGGGCGGAUGGCCUGGAGGAGAGCGACGACGACCUCGUCCGGCGCGUGCUGUCAUCCAAGGGCGGCGAUUACGACGUGCUGCGGCUGCGGCGCGGCUGCGGGGCGGCGGCGCUCAAGGCGCGGUACCGCCAGCUUGCGGUGCGGCUGCACCCCGAUAAGUGCAAGGCGAAGGAGGGCGCGAAGGAUGCGUUCCAGAAAGUGUCCCAGGCGUACGACGCCCUCAAGAAGGUGGUCGUCUGA